AUGCCUAAUUUGCCUCCAUUUUUUAAUGGAAAGAUUAGUGGUGUUUUAAUAUUGUCUAUAUCGAAUAUAUCAUGGUAUGACAGUGUUGUAAAAAAUACCUAUGUACAAUUCGAAUGGACUGGAUGCCAAGAAAAACAAAAACUUUUUACAUCUAAAUAUUCUAAGAUUACUUAUGAUAUUCGAACAAGCUACAAAUCAUUUUUACACUAUCUAUCAACAUCCACAUUAAGAUGUUCAGUUAAAAAUUAUGAAAAUAAAACAUUAGCUCAUGCGACUAUGAUAAAUUUAUCAAUAGAUCAAGAUAACCAACUGAUAAAAACUUUACCACUAAUGAAUAAUGAGAAAAUAGUUGGCACUCUAAAAUUAUGUUUUAAUGUUCAAACAUUCAAUGAUACAUCAUUUGACAAUGAUAUAAAAAUGUUAAAACAAUUUGGAAUUCAAGAUGAAGUUUCAAAAACUUCAAAUGACAAAGAGUUUUAUUACUCUGAAAUAUUGAAACAUAGUAAAAAUGUAAAAGUUAGACCUAUUAGUUCUUCAUCAUUAAAGUCUAAUAAAAGCAAAGAAGAAUUAACUAGUGAUUAUUUAAUGGGCAAAAAUAUGGCUCCCGAUGAAGAAGAAGAGGCACUUAAUACAUUAAGAAUAAUGCCAAAUAACUCUACUGAAAGCUUAGUCAGUGCAGCUGAAAAAAUUGGUAUUUAUUCACCACCACAGUCCCCAUUACACAUUCAAGGCUGUGCCAAAGUUAUGGCAGUUAAAAAACAUGGCAUUAAAAAUAUAAAAACAAUACAAGAAAAUUUGAAGAAAUCUUGUGAAGAAUUCAAUAAAGGAGAAUUCAAAACCGACUUCUCUAAAAAGCUACGUAAAGUGCCUGUGCCAAAAGACGAUGUACAUUUACAUUUGUCAAUCCUUUCAGUUAAUGUUUAUCGCUCAGCUAAAUCCCUUCAAAAUUAUACUAACAGCACAUAUAUUGUACAGUGUCUUAAAGAUCAAGAACCAUAUAAAUUUCUGAGAUUCAUGACAAAACAUGUUAACGAUAAUACUAUAAAAUUUAAAAAUGUCACUCAGUCAUCACGUUUGGAAGGCAGUACUGCUAAAGGUGUCACCAUCAAAGUGUAUGUGAGACUUCUUAGCGAACGCUGCCCAAUAGUUUUGGGUGAAACAAAACAAAUGUUAGAUUGGACUGGAUUUUCAACUACUUUUAGUGUACCUCGAUUUAUAAAGGUUCCUAUAUGGAAUAACAAUAAAAUUACUGGACACUUGUCAUUGUCGUAUGAAUUUUCUAGAUCACCCAUAGUCCAAAAUUAUGAACCUAACUUUUCUGAAAAACAAGAAGACAUUUUAAUGGAUAAUAGUAAAGAAAAUCAUAAAAACGAACAGUGUAAACCUAAUGAAAUAUCUAAUCCAGUGGCUACUAUAAAUAAUAAAAAACUAGAAGAUUAUAAAGAUACCGUUUCAUAUCAGACAAAAGACCAAAUUUAUAUGUACAAUAGACUUUAUCCUGAAAGUAUUGAUGACAAUUUUGGAAGUCAAUUAAUGUUUAACGAAUUUCCAAAAAUAGUAUCAACUAAGGCAAUAAAAGAUAAAGAAAUUCAAACCAACUUUGAAGUUCGUCAAUUAAAUAAAUCUGUGCAAACUCAAAUAAAAACUUGCAAUGUUGCAAUACAAGUAAGUAGUGAUGAAUUAGAAGAUCCUUUGGAUAAAUCAAAUCAUUGCGAUGUACAAAAUAUAUUUCGGUGCACUCAUGAAUUCACACUUAAUAUUGAAAAAAAGUGUGAUUCAACAUUCAAUUAUGUAACUUAUCGAUUUCCAGAAUGUGUUACUAAUAAUAUUGGAAAAGUGGUUUCCAGUUGUCGAGCAUUCAGAACUUUUGGCAACACUAAUAUUCUACAUUUGAUUACAUUACCUACAACAAUUCCUUUAGAAAAUUAUUUUUAUAAUAAUUAUAAUAAAGCUGCUAUUGUAUUAAAUCUUCAUAAAAACAAUGACGAUCCUCCGGAAAAGGUCUCACUUCUUAUGUCUCAUCUAAUUGACAUGGCGAAUAAGUUUAAAAACUCGCACAUUACCAAACAUUUAAUUAUAAACAAGAAUUUAUCUAUACCUGAAUUAUCGCUUGAUAACGUCAAAAUACAAAUACAUUACAAAAGAGUAUACCACUCAUUCCCAUCCCUCGAACCUAAACUCAAUAACUUGCGUGUUUCAACACACAAGACAUUAAAAAAAAAUUCAAAUAUUAUUGUCGACUUGACUGAAUCUGACUCCGAAGAUGCUAUUAAUAAGACAUACACUUUAUUAAAACACAAUAAUAGAAUUGCAGAAUUGACUGCUGAAAACAGCACACAGACAGAUCCAAUACCUGUUAAAAUGUCACAUAAUUGCAUAACUCAAACAGAAAAUAAUGUGAUACCAGAAUUUAUAACUAUUGAUGAUGACAGUAUUUCAAUUAAAAAUGAAAAGGAAAGUGUAACGUGCACAGACACGAUUGCUAUUGUUAAUAAUCGGCCAAAUCGUACAAAUGAAAAAAUUACACAAGAUACUACAAUUGUUGAUAGAAAAUUCAACAAUUGUGAUAUUUUUAAAGCAAAAGUAACCAUUGUUGGUGGGUACAAUUUACCGAUGGUUAAACUAAAUGGUGACACUAUACCUUCAGCACCGACUACAUAUGUAAUCAUGGAAGCUUAUGGCAGCAGUAGUUUCUCGACAUCAUCUGUUGUACAACAAACAAACCCCAUUUGGAACAGUGAAUGGACGGUUCUUAUACCGAAGAAUAAUUUAAUAGAGGGAAAAUGGUUAAUAUUUGAGUUAUGGUGUAAGAAGUAUAAAAAUGAAUAUGCAGGACAUGAUCCAAAACGAGACAUGCGACUUGGAUUUAUUAUAAUAGAUUUAUCUAACCUUAAGUAUGAUCUCAGUAAAAAUUGUGGGUUAUAUGAUGUCAUAAGUGAAACUGAAGAACACCAUGGAAAAAUUAAAGUUAUGAUAAAUCAAAUUAAUUGUGCCAAUCCAUGUAUAAAUAACAGUUGUGUACCUCAACCAAUUAAUGAAAGAAAUAUUAUUCAAAUCAAAAACAAAAGUAUAAGCCAAAAAUCAACUGACGACCUCAUAAAUGAAAUGAUCGGAAAAAUACAAAUUGAAGAUAAUUUUCACUCGGAAACAAGAAAUCCUAGAAACACUGUUACAGUGAGAGAUGAAAAAUUCAAUCAACACAUAGAUCUAACUGAAGAUUCCCUCCAAAAGUUCAGCAAGAGUCAAUUAAAGAAUACAGGUGCCAAAUCCAGUUUAAAUGGUUGUCUUUAUAAUAACGAUAAUAUAUUUGACAAUAUGGGAACUAUAAGUUCAGUUACGUCUUGGACUAGUUCUUCGGAUGAUAUAUUAUGUUCAAAUAAUUCUCAGAUUGUGAACAAUAUUCUAAGUAACAAAACCAAAAUGAAUCGAAUAAAACAAAUUAUUCGAGGUUAA